AUGCGGCCGCGCGGGGGAGGGGCUGGGGACGGCACGGACGGCGCCCGCGGUGGCACCGGCACCUCCCGCGGGGACGAGUCCGGCGGUGGUGGCAUCUCCAGCGGUGGUGGCAUCUCCAACGGUGGCAUCUCCCAUGGGGACAUCUCCAACAGUGACAUUUCCCAUGGUGGUGGCAUCUCCCAUGGCUUCGGUUCCCACGGUGGCACCUGCGACAGUGACGUCUCCAGCAGUGGUGGCAUCUCCCAUGGGGACGUCUCCAAGGGUGACAUCUCCCACGGUGGUGGCAUCUCCCAUGGCUUCAGUUCCCACGGUGGCACCUGUGACAGUGACAUGUCCAACAGUGGUGACAUCUCCCAUGGGGACAUCUCCAGCGGGGACAUCUCCAGCGGUGGUGGCAUCUCCCAUGGCUUCGGUUCCCACGGUGGCACCUGCGACAGUGACGUCUCCAACAGUGGUGGCACCUCCCAUGGUGGCAUCUCCCACAGGGACAUCUCCAACAGUGGUGGCACCUCCCAUGGUGGCAUCUCCCAUAAGGACAUCUCCAACAGUGGUGGCAUCUCCAAUGGUGGCAUCUCCCACAGGGACAUUUCCCACGGUGGUGGCAUCUCCCAUGGCUUCGGUUCCCAUGGUGGCACCUGUGACAGUGACGUCUCCAGCAGUGGUGACAUCUCCCACGGUGGUGGCAUCUCCAACGCUGGCAUCUCCCAUGGGGACAUCUCCAACAGUGGUGGCACCUCCCAUGGUGGCAUCUCCCAUAAGGACACCUCCCACGGUGGUGGCAUCUCCCACGGUGGCACCUCCCACAGGGACAUUUCCCACACAGGUGGCACCUCCCACGGUGCCAUCUCCUCUCGUGGUGACUCUCCCUCGGGUGGCUUCUGCCGUGGUGGCAUCUCCCAGAAGAGUGACGACUCGCACGGUGACGUCACCCACAGCGGUGGCAUCUCCGAUGGCGGUGGCACCUCUUGUGCCAUCACCUGCCACGGUGGCGCGUCCCACGGUGGCAUCUCCAGUGGUGGCAUCUCCCGGGGUGACAUCAGCCACAAUGGCGUUUUCCACGGUGGUGGCACCUCUGACGUCAUGACCCCCCAUGACGGCACCUCCCAUGGUGGUGGCAUCUCCAAGAGUGACAUCACCAACCGUGGUGGCAUCUCCAACGGUGGCAUCUACAAUGGUGACAUCUCCAAUGGUGGCAUCUCCAAUGGUGGCAUCUCCAAUGGUGGCAUCUCCAACAGUGACAUCUACAAUGGUGACAUCUCCAAUGGUGGCAUCUCCAAUGGUGACAUCUCCAAUGGUGGCAUCUACAACGGUGGCAUCUCCAAUGGUGACAUCUCCAACGGUGGCAUCUCCAAGAGUGACAUCUACAAUGGUGGCAUCUCCAAUGGUGGCAUCUCCUACGGGGACUCCUCCCAGGGUGGUGCCACCUCCCUCAGUGACACCUCCCACCAUGGUGGCUUCUCCAACAGGGACAUCUCCCGUGGUGGCACCUCCAACAGGGACAUCUCUGACAGUGGUGGCACCUCCCGUGGUGGCACCUCCCAUGGUGGCACCUCCAACAGGGACAUCUCCCAUGGUGGCAUCUCCCAUGGCUUUGGCACCUCCCAUGGUGGUGCCACCCCCCAUGGUGACAUCUCCCAUGAUGGUGCCACCUCUCAUGAUGGUGACACCUCGGACAAUGACAUCUCCCGGGGCUUUGGCAUCUCCCACGAUGGUGGCACUUCCCAUGAUGGCGCCACCUCCCACGGUGACAUCUCCCAUGGUGACACCUCCCAUGGUGGUGCCACCUCCCAUAAUGGCAUCACCUCCCAUGGCUUUGUCACCUCCUGUGGUGGUGACAACUCCCAUGAUGAUGACACCUCCCAUGGUGGCGCCACCUCCCUUGGGGACAUCUCCCAUGGUGACACCUCCCAUGGCUUUGGCAUCUCUCAUGGUGCCACCUCCCACGGCGUUGUCACCUCCCAUGAUGGCACCACCUCCCAUGGUGACACCUCCCAUGAUGAUGACACCUCCCAUGGUGGUGCCACCUCCCAUGGUUUUGGCAUCUCUCAUGGUGACAUCUCCCAUGGUGCCACCUCCCAUGGUGACAUCUCCCGUGGUGGUGCCACCUGCCAUGGUGCCACCUCCCGUGGUGACAUCUCCCAUGGUGCCACCUGCCAUGGUGCCACCUCCCGUGGCUUCGUCACCUCCCGUGGUGGUGCCACCUCCCGCCGCGCCGCCGCGCCGCCGCGUCCCCUCCUUCUCCCGCCGCCCCUCCGUCCGCGCCGCGUCCCCGCGCUCCUCCUCCUCCUCCUCCUCCUCCUCCUCCGCUGUCCCCCGCUCUCGGUGGCCGCCACCUUCAGGGUGGGCGUCCUGGGCCCCUGGGGCUGCGACCCCCUGCUGGCGCGGGCGCGGCCGGACGUGGCCUCCAGCCUGGCGGUGGCGCGGCUCAACCGCGACCCGGCGCUGGCCGCCGGCUACUGGUGGGACGCCGUGGUGCUGCCCGAGGCCUGCGCCGCGCCCCAGGCCGUGGCCGGCGUGGUCGGCGCCGAGCGCCGCGCCAGCGCCAUCGUGGGCCCGCUGAACCCCGCGGCCUGCGGCGCCGCCGGGCUGCUGGCCGCCGCCUGGAACAAGCCCCUGGUGUCCUGGGCGUGCGGCGCGGCCGGAGCGGUCACUCUGGUCAAGCCGCUGCCCGCUCCGGCCGGCGUGCUGCACGCCGUGCUGCGCUACUUCCGCUGGGCGCACGUGGCCGUGGUGGCCGCCCCGCAGGACCUGUGGGUGGACACCGGGCAGGAGCUGGCCGCCGAGCUGAGGGCCCGGGGGCUGCCGGUCACCGUGGUGGCCGUGGCCGGAGAGGACGAGGAGGAGGCCGAGGAGGCGCUGAGGAGGGUGCAGAGGGCGGACGGGGUGCGAGUGGUGGUCAUGUGCAUGCACUCCGUGCUCCUGGGCGGGCGGGAGCAGAAGGUUCUCCUGGAGAAGGCCGAGGACCUGGGCAUGACGGACGGGACCUUCGUCUUCAUCCCGUACGACGCGCUGACCUUCGCGCUGCCCUACCGCCGCGUGCCCUACCCGGUGCUGGCCAACAACACCAAGCUGCGCCUGGCCUACGACGCCGUGCUCACCAUCACCAUCGACUCGCCCGACGCCUCCUUCCACGAGGCCCUGGAGGAGGCCAAGAAGGCCUACGAGGUCCCCGCGAACCUCGACCCCGCAGAGGUCCACCCGCUCUUCUCCACCAUCUACAACUCCAUCUACUUCCUGGCCACGGCGGUGGAGGCCACGCGCCGCAGCGGCCGCUGGGUGAUGGGCACCAGCGUGGCCGACCACGCCCGCGACUUCCAGCUCCGGGGCUUCUGCCAGACCUUCACCGUGGACGAGGACGGCGACGUCUCGGUGCCCUACGUGGUGCUGGACACGGACGGCAAGGGCCACCACCUGUGGGCGGUCUACGGGCUGGAGCCGGGCACGCGCGGCCUCAGCUACCGCAGCCACAGCCCCCACUGGCCGCACAGCGCCAGCCCGGCCACCGACGCCGGCUGCUGGUUCGACUCCGGCGCCAUCUGCAACGGCGGGAUGGACGCCGGCUUCGUCUUCUUCCUCUUCCUCCUCAUCGCCGCCCUCAUCGCGGCCGGCGCCGCCCUCGCCUGCCACAUCAGGCGCCGCCUCCAGCAGGCGCAGCUCAUGAAGGGCCCCAACAAAAUCAUCCUGACCAUGGAGGACCUGACCUUCAUCAACACCCGGAGCAGCAAACAGGUGGACAGCAGCCAGGCCAGCCUGGCCGGCCAGAGCGGGGGGGACGCGCGGAGCGUCCGCAGCGCCGCCCCCGGCCCCGACACCACCAACGUGGCCGUGGCCGAGGUGAGAGAGACCCCCCUGGCCCCGCCCCCCGGCAGCAGCAACCUGCCCCUGCUGCUGCUCUUGUUUAACCAGCAGGGCCUUGUCGCCUCCGUGCAGGGCGACUGGGUGUGGCUGAAGAAGUUCCCGGGGGAGCAGCACACGGAGGUGAAAGCGGCCACCAAGCUGGCCUUCUGCAAGCUGCGGGACCUGCGGCACGAGAACGUGAACCUGUUCCUGGGCUUCUUCCACGACUGCGGCAUCUUCGCCAUCGUGUCGGAGCACUGCUCGCGCGGCAGCCUCGAGGACCUGCUGCGCAACGAGGACAUGAAGCUCGACUGGAUGUUCAAGUCCUCCCUCCUCAUCGACCUCAUCAAGGGCGUGCGGUACCUGCACCACCGCGACGUCGUGCACGGGCGCCUCAAGUCGCGCAACUGCGUGGUGGACGGGCGCUUCGUGCUCAAGGUCACCGACCACGGCUACAACCAACUGCUGGAGGCGCAGCGCGUCCCGGCCCCGCCCCCACAGCCCCACGAGCGGCUGUGGACGGCGCCGGAGCUGCUGCGGGACGAGGCCCUGGAGCGGCGCGGCUCCUUCCGGGGGGACGUCUACGGCAUCGGCAUCAUCAUGCAGGAGGUGAUCUGCAGGAGCCCCCCGUACUGCAUGCUGGGGCUGCCCCCCGAAGAGAUCAUCGAGAAGGUGCAGCGCCCGCCCCCCCUGUGCCGCCCCACGGUCUCGGCCGACCAGGCCCCGCUCGAGUGCAUCCACCUGAUGAAGGAGUGCUGGAGCGAGCAGCCCGAGAAGAGACCCACCAUCGACCAGGUGUUCGACCAGUUCAAGGGCAUCAACAAGGGCCGCAAGACCAACAUCAUCGACUCGAUGCUGCGCAUGCUGGAGCAGUACAGCAGCAACCUGGAGGACCUGAUCCGCGAGAGGACCGAGGAGCUGGAGAUCGAGAAGCAGAAGACCGACAAGCUCCUGACCCAGAUGCUGCCGCCGUCGGUGGCCGAGGCGCUGAAGAUGGGGACGCCGGUGGAGCCCGAGUACUUCGAGGAGGUGACGCUGUACUUCAGCGACAUCGUGGGCUUCACCACCAUCUCGGCCAUGAGCGAGCCCAUCGAGGUGGUGGACCUCCUCAACGACCUCUACACCCUCUUCGACGCCAUCAUCGGCUCCCACGACGUCUACAAGGUGGAGACCAUCGGCGACGCCUACAUGGUGGCCUCGGGGCUGCCCAAGCGCAACGGCAACCGGCACGCCGGCGAGAUCGCCAACAUGUCCCUGGACAUCCUCAGCUCCGUCGGCACCUUCAAGAUGCGCCACAUGCCCGAGGUGCCCGUGCGCAUCCGCAUCGGGCUGCACUCGGGGCCGUGCGUGGCGGGCGUGGUGGGGCUGACGAUGCCGCGGUACUGCCUGUUCGGGGACACCGUCAACACGGCGUCACGCAUGGAGUCCACCGGGCUGCCCUAUCGCAUCCACGUGAACCAGCGCACGGUCGCCAUCCUGCUCUCGCUGCAGGAGGGAUUCAAGGUCGACAUCCGCGGCAAGACCGAGCUCAAGGGUAAAGGUGUGGAGGACACCUAUUGGCUCGUGGGCCGCGAGGGAUUCACCAAACCCAUCCCCACCCCCCCCGACCUCCUGCCGGGGGCGAGCAACCACGGGAUCAGCCUGGACGAGAUCCCGGCCGAGCGGCGCCGGAAGCUGGAGAAGGCGCGGCCGGGGCAGGUGCUGAAAUAG